CUGAUGGAAUACAAGGAAAACCAGAAAAGUUAAGAUCUUCUCUGAAGAAUGUGAAAAAAGAUACAGGAAAACCAGAGAAACUUAAAUAUAAGCCACUCACUGGGAAGGUGUUUUACCUCGAUAUCCCAUCAAAUGUGAUCUCUGAAAAAAUAGAAAAGGACCUCAAAGAGCUGGGAGGGAGAUUGGAGAGUUUUCUUAGUAAAGAUAUCAACUAUCUGGUGACUAAUAAAAAGGAGGCAAAAUUUGCACAAACUCUCGGCCAGAUUUCUCCUGUCCCUAGCCCAGAAUCUGCAGGUAAUGGAGGAAGUGGUUCACCUCAUCCUAGCAACCAAAAAGAUCGACAUGAUGGAAGUUCAUUUAAGAUAGCACAUACAGUACGUAUGAGCAGAGGAAAAUCUUUGGUUGAAAAAGCAAUCAAAGAGCAGGACUUAAUCCCCUCUGGUAGUAUACUAUCCAAUGCCUUGAGUUGGGGAGUGAAGAUACUUCAUAUUGAUGAUGUUAAGAAUUACAUUGAACAAAAGAAAAGAGAACUCUGUCUAAUCAAAAGAGCAGGCAGUUCUUUUAAAGACAUGGGAAAACAUGUUACUGCUCAGAAGUCAAAAACAGGUAGACUGAAAAAGCCAUUUAUCAGGGUGGAAGAUAGAAGUCGCCAGUACCGACCGUUUUAUCUGCAGUUGCCCAGUUUUCCACUUCUGAACUACUGUGUUUCCAAGCCUUAUAGUCCAUUUGAGGUGGAUAAGAAGUAUACUUCCAGUCAAAAGCAAACUCAGUCUAAGCAAAGACACAAAAUAAAUAGUGAGAAGGACUGUGGAAUGCCUGCUCAGCUUCUUCAGAAGGACAAAAAGAAGAGAGGAUAUUGUGAAUGUUGUGGGAAGAAAUACGAAGAUCUACAAACACAUCUUGAAAGUGAACAGCAUCAAAAUUUUGCACAAAGCACGCAGUAUAAAGUUGUGGAUGAUAUAAUCUCAGCAUUUGGUUAUGAGUUUGUUGCAUACAAAGAUGAUACAACAAAAAUAAAAAUGACAAAAUGUACCACAGGAUGUUUUUCUCCCAUUAUCGGAAAGAUAGCCAGACCAGAUGAGCUGAAAGAAAGACUGAAAAAGCAGCGCAUUUCUUUGAAAACUUACUCAUGGAAGAACACAGCAAUGCGAGCGCUCAAACUGGAUUGCCAACCUGCAGAAGUACAACCAAAUUCUGUGCCAGUGCCUACCCCUAGUUCUGCAUCUGUCUGUUCAGUUCUUCAUUGUCACCUGUCACAACCUUCAGAACUAAAAGGUAAGUUUAGAAUUAAGGAUGAAAACGUUGAAACUGAUUGUGCUGCAAACCCAAGAGAGGCUGUGGUAUCAUCAAAUUCCAUACAACCACCCCGUCAGAAAGAUGGCAAAGCAUACACAGAGAACUUGUCUCGAGUUUAUGAGCCAUUCAGUAAGGAAAUACUGGAAUCAGAUGUAAACCAAAGGAAUGUACAGUGUUUUCAGGAAGGCAUAUAUUCUUCAUAUUCCCAUACCCAACUUACAGAUUUUAGUGAAAAAGACAAAAGCCUAUCACAGCCUAAACGAAAAUUAAACAAUGCAGCAGUUCUGCCAGCAAAGUGUUUGAAAAGAACAGAUGCCAAUCCUACGUUUGUCAAGAAAAGCCAUGAUUUGUGUGAUAAUCAUCAACAAAUGCAGCACAAUGUCGUUCUGGAGGCUGAGGUAUCUGAUGCUGCUGUAAACAAAGAACAUAAUGCAUCAGCUGCCAGCACUGCCUGCAGUUCUCCGUUGGUAAAGCUGCACAGAAAAGUGAAGCUUAACUCAGGAAGGAAUAAAAGAGGCACUUGGAAACAGAACAUGGAGUUAUGCGUAAAGUACACAGAUGGACACUGUGUGCCUGAAGAGAAGAGAAAAACUUGUAGCUCACCACUGCAGGCCCUCUUGGACUUAUUUCAGACAAGUGAGAGAAACUCAGAAUUUCGAGGUUUUUCAGGUUACACUGAGGACAAAGGUUCAGCAAGCAUAAAUGAUAAAAGUGAAGGGCAGAACGCAGAUGUUAUGUGGUCAUUGUUUUCCUCUUCAUCCUCAUCUUCAUUUGUUGGAUUUUAA